GCAACUUCCUCUAAACUCCCUGCUGGCUGCUCUUCGGGUGUGAACUCGUCUUCAACGUGUGAAUCAUCGAGCCGGAGCUGGAUAAGGCUUCUGGCUCCGGCACCGCGAGAGGGUUUCCACCUCGGGUUCUUGUAUUUUCUUCCUCUUGAUGGUUUUCUCUGAUGGUGUAAUCGAGUGGAUCGUACUGCUGUUGGACCUGGCUUGAUCUCUUGCAUCGGGAAUCACCAUGAGCUGCUGGCUGCUACUGCCUCUGUUGACCAGUAUUGUAUCCAUCGCGGGAACGUGGACAGUGUAUGGUCUUGCCCUGGCAAAUGAGCAUGUAUGUCCAUUAUACAACUGGGUGUACAAUCGAUCCUGUUCUGUCCCUUCCUUGGAGAAAUGCUGUGCAAUUCAAAACAUGCCAUUUGUAAGCACCAGUGGCAUGAACCUCCCUGAAAACUCCCUCUACAGUGCGGUGCUCAACGCAGUGUCUGUUUUAUUCGCCAUUGUGUGUAUUUUUCGACAUGCUCAGGUAGUGGACCGAAAAGUGGAUGAUGCUGCAUUGAGUAAGGUUGCUAUGAUUGUUGGCUUCUUUGGUUCCGUGGGAGGCUUCAUUGCUGGAAACUGUAACCCGUCAGUUCUCAUGGUGCUGCACUACUUUGGAGCCUCACUGUGUUUUGUCAGCGGUUGUAUUUAUUGCAUAUUACAGACUAUCUUAACGUACAGGCUAUGUAUAACAGGAAAAGAAUACUUACUGGUGCCGAUACGUGGAGUGCUGAGCAGCCUUCAAGUGAUCUUUUCUAUCAGUUAUUUGGCUUUUUUUGUCCAUCCAGAUCUCUCAAAGCAACACAUAGGAGCCAUUUGUGAGUGGAUCUUGGCCACAAAUUUCUAUGUUUUUAUCCUGCUGUUCACCUUUGAAUUUUACCAUAUUACCUCUGCGGUUCUCCUCGUAUUGAUCGGCAGACAGGAUGAUGAGAAAAUCGCAAUUCUGUCAGAACCCAGAGGUACAGACCUGGCUACAUUCGCCAAGUAGAAGCGGAGCGCGCAGAGGGGCUGAGCAACAAUGGGUGGUUGGAACCAUCAGAUUUUCCCUGUGAUUUAGAUUAUGUAUUGUCAGUCUUGAUUGUCUCUAUCAAAAUGUUUGUUUUUUUUUGUCUUUAGAAUUGACUGAUUUCCUUCAAACACCCACUCUUACACAGUGCAAGUCUGUGGGAAAUGUCAUUGCAACAUUCCUCUCUAGUGUGCCUCAAUAAUACUCAGCUACUAAAUGUAAAGUAAUUAAGUAAAAAUAGUUAAUUUUAUUAAGUAUUUGCUGCCCUUUAUUUCCGUACCCUUUGCCCCACACUGCACCCCUCCCCCCUCCAUCCACACUCCACAAUCCAAGAAAGACAUAGAAAAGUACUGGGGAACUCCUAGCCCCCGUACUUCAGUUUCGUUCAUCUUCUUUAGAAGGUUCCUAGAAGAAGUGCCGUUUGAUUUUGAGGUUGCCCUACCACUGGAUUGGGUCAAUCGAAAGAUGAGGAAGGCAGAAAGGUGGUAACUACUAUCUUUUCCUUCCAGUUUCCCCAAAGGUUCUGGCCUUUUGCAAUGAGCUUCUUUCGUGAUUGAAUUCAAGACUGCACUAGUAGGCACCAUUGCUACUGGCAGGGCCCAGUCAGGGUCGGUGGUGCAGGUCUUGGUGAAGGUGCUGAGGGUUGCAGGGCAGGUAGAUAACUGAGCUCAAUUUCUCUGAAAACUACUUCAUUUUGUUGCCUCGAAUAACAGGAUGGCAGCCAUGACUGCUAAAGGAAGUAAUUUCUCAGGGUAUUUUAAACAGUCAAGUGCACUUGCAGUGGACCAACUCCUUCCUUUCAGGCUGCCAUCAUUACAGAGUGAAUGGAAGUAAAACGUCUUUCAGAUUUGUUCUGGCCUCCAGUUAAUCAGCACUUAAAGAAACCAUCAAAGUGGUUCUACUGUAUUGUGGAAGGAGGAAAUGUAUGAAGGAGCAGAAGUUUCCCAUUGUAGCACAUCACUGCCUUGCUGCUAGAGAGAUUGCCAGCCUAAUUCAUCCCCUCCUAAUACAGAUGAUCUGCUGUGCAGACUCUCUCAAGGUGGGGUGUAUUUUUUAACAUGUAUUUUUGAUAAUGAUAAUAGCAGUCAUGUUUGAUUUCCCCAUUCCUGUUACCACACAAUGAUACAAAAGAGGCCCAUUGUGCCUGUGCCAGCAUUUUGCAUGAGCUAAGCAAUAAUCUGCGCCCAUCUUCACCAGUAGCUUAAUUAAAUCUACUUCCACCUCCCCUUCAGACAACGCCUUCCAAAUUAUAAUAACUCAUCGUAUAAAGGCUACCAAACAACUUACACCAACAGUCAGGAGUCUCUAACACUUGACUCCUUGCUUCUGUGAGAAGUCAAAUGCCCUAAAUCUCAGGUAUGUUACUAUUUAUGAUUGCACUGAAAUCUGGAUGUGCCUUCCACAUUAGGAAGUAGGGAGAAUAAGAUUGAAUGAAUUUUUCCUUUUUUUUAAUGGUUUGGGUUUUAUUGUGUGCACUCAGAGCAUGGAAAUGUACUGUACCGUUUGUAGUUCUGUGUCAUGUUUAGCUUUCCAAACUGCAAGAAAUAAAUUCAGUACUGACGCUGCAAAGA